AUAAAAGGUAAAAACCUGGCUUACCAUAAACGAGCCUGCCAGCAUCUGCGUGGAUACCUACGAGAAUGGAGACGGAGCUCCGGGAAUCGUAUCCAGAGGCGUGGGCAGCUACAUUUGUGGGAAAAACGUGUUAAUAGCGCACGCCAAAGCCUACAAAAUAUACAAAGACGAGUUUAAGCAGUCUCAGAGAGGUAAAGUGGGCAUUACCAUUGAUUCCAUAUGGGCUGAUGCCAAAACGCCAGAUGAUCGGGAUGCUGCGAAUAGGGAGAUGCAAAUGUCGUUCGGCUGGUUCGCCCAUCCCAUAUUCUCCGCCACUGGAGACUAUCCGGACGUCAUGAAAUCCACCAUAGCCGCCCGCAGCCGAAGCCAAAACUACUCGACGUCCAGACUACCGGAUUUUACCCCCUCGGAGUUAGAUUCCCUCAAAAGAUCCGCCGAUUUCCUCGGCCUGAACCACUACAACACCUGGAUGGCCUAUUCCAAACAUUUUCCCGUCUCCGAGGUGUCCUUCGCCGCGGACAAAGGCACCGGAUUGGUCAGGGAUCCGAAAUUGCGCGAUCCCACGUUGGCACCCGAAGGCUUUAGGAAGUUGCUGAACUGGAUCAAGGAAGAGUACGGGAACCCGUUGGUUUACGUGACGGAAAACGGCGUGGGGGAUUCCGGAGGAAGUCUUGAAGAUCAGCACCGUGUGACGUUUCUGCAGGAGUACCUGCACGCUCUGUUCCUGGCCGUGGAGCAGGACGGAUGCAACGUGCAAAGGUAUACCGUGUGGAGUAUCAUGGAUAACAUGGAGUGGACUGCUGGAUACACUGUUAAAUUUGGCCUGUACCACGUGGAUUUCAAGAGCCUCCGAAGGACAAGAACUCCGAAAAGUUCGGCUUAUUUUUUCGAAGGUUACUGUAGUGCGCUGUCCGAUGUGGAGGUUUCUCUGGUAUAGCAAUAUGGUACCACUGCAGUUAAGAAAUAUAUCCAUUAAAUCAGAAGGACACAAGCAAGAAGUAUCCAGAGUAGAUAUUGUUAUGUCAUAUAUAAUAUAUGUAUAGUAAGUCUUAAGUUUAUUCCUAAUUUGUUUAAUAUUACUUUUAUCACAUUUAUAUUGUAGCUAUGUAGCCAGAGUACUGAAAAAUAAUUUUAAGUGGAAGAUCUUAGAAUUAAUUUACGAAUCAAGUUUUUUUUCUUGACGAAAUGGCGAAUGCGCCUAUUAAAGGAAACUUAAUACUUAGAAAUUGCCUGAAUUAUUAAGGUAGAAGUACGCUAAUUCAACUGGUUAUAGAUAAGUAUCGUAUGAUCGAAGAAAAAACGGCGUCAGCGAUGGCUAUGAAAUGAAGAUCGCUGUCAUUUUAUAUGUAGAUUUAUAUGGGAAAUAUCGAUCGCCAUUUCCCAGCCAACUGGACGACGUUU